GCCCUCGCCUCCGCCUCGCGUCCCCGCCGUGCCGCGGGCCUUCCCGGGCCCCCCGCGGGUUCCGGGCCCCCCGCGGGUUCCGGGCCCCGGGCGGGCCGUCCGCUGCGGCCUCUCGGGCGCCGGGCUGCAGGAGCGCGACGCCGCCAGCCGGGAGGGAAGCUCCUCGCCGGGGGGCGGCCCCGAGCGUCCCGGAGGCUCCGGGCUCCGCGUUAGAAAGCGCGCCCGUGCGGGGCGGCCGCCGUCGCUCGCUUCACCUCAGGUUGAUUUUUGAGCUUGGGUUUUGCAAAGGCAUCGGCCCCAGGCAUUGGCGGCUUGAACCCCGUCUCGGCGAGUGGAGCGUUUGUGUUCCUGGGUUUGGGCCGUGCGGGCAGGGACCGGCCCUUGCCCCGGGUCGCAGCCCUCACGCCCAGGGGAGAGCCCGCUCUUCUGAGCAAAAAACCAGGACAGACCGCCCUGCAUCAGGCCGUUGAGCUCUGAGCUUUCCGCCUGGCCCUCGUCCAGCUCCAGGUUUCUUCCUUCAAAUCGGAAAACCUCGCUCGCGCUUGUGGCCUCGUCCGGGAGGCGGCGGGACGAGGAGCCAAAGUCGUGUCCCUGCCGGUGAGUGUGGAGGCGGCGGCGCGGCCCGGGUCCUCCCCGUCUGGCAGGUGGUCCGGGCGGUAGGACGCCCCGAGGGCCCGCGGCUGUGUUCGGGACGCUGUGGGGGACACUCCGCCUAGGAAGAGGGCCCGUGCCGUGGACGCCCACCUCCUUGCCCGGCGUCUCGAAGUCUUUGCAGGACCGCGGCGCCGUGACUGCCUCUGGGCCUCCAGCAUGGAAUGCUUUAACUCGCCCUACGGCACGAAAUAUUUUCCUGAAUAUGCUGAGAAAAUUCCUGGUGAAUCCACACAGAAGCUUUCUGAGGUAGCCAAGGAAUGCAGCGUCUAUCUCAUUGGAGGUUCCAUUCCUGAAGAGGAUGCUGGGAAAUUAUAUAACACUUGUGCCGUGUUUGGGCCUGAUGGAACUUUACUGGUAAAGUACAGAAAGCUCCAUCUGUUUGACAUUGACAUUCCUGGGAAAAUUACAUUUCAUGAAUCUAAAACACUGACUCCUGGUGAUAGUUUCUCCACCUUUGAUACUCCUUACUGCAGAGUGGGCCUCGGCAUCUGCUACGACAUGCGCUUUGCAGAGCUCGCGCAAAUCUACGCGCAGAGAGGCUGCCAGCUGUUGGUGUAUCCUGGAGCUUUUAACAUGACCACCGGACCCGCCCACUGGGAGCUGCUUCAACGAGGCCGGGCUGUUGAUAACCAGCUGUAUGUGGCCACAGCAUCUCCUGCCCGGGAUGAGCAGGCCUCCUAUGUUGCCUGGGGACACAGCACUGUUGUGAGUCCUUGGGGGGAGGUUGUUGCCAAAGCUGGCGCCGAGGAGACAGUCGUGUAUUCAGACAUAGACCUGAAGAAGUUGGCUGAAAUACGCCAGCAAAUCCCCAUUUUUAGCCAGAAGCGAUCAGACCUCUAUGCAGUGGAGGCGAAAAAGCCCUGAGGUUUAUUUUCCUAACACGUCAUGAAAUAGGAUGAUCUGUUUCUGCAAUGUGAUCAUCUCCCUGCUGAAUUAAUUAAAGAGAUCUUUUUUUUUUUUUUAAUUUAAAUUUCAGCACUUUUCCCUACCUGAGAAUUCUCCAGUGAGAUGAUGGAGCAUCAGCACGCGUAUUUUUCACACCAUAUUACACAGUUAAAAAGGACUCAGGCUGGCAUUGAGAGCAGAAGCAAGAGGGGCUACCUCCCAUGCUGAGUUGCCUCCCAGUAGUUGGUAGAAGUAUCAGGCCUUGGUGUCCAGGUGAUUCGCCUGGCACAAAUACAGCUUGUGUCACACACCUCUUCUCUCUUGGCUGGAGUUGGAGCCCAUCAUGUAGAAAACUUGGGUCUGGUGCUCCUCUUUUUGGAGCAGGAUUACAUUUUUAGUCUGUGAGCAGAUAUGGGAAGCGAGGCGAUGGACCCUUGGUGUUUGCUAGAGGAGGUGGCAGCCCGAGUCCUCCUGGCAGCCGGGGGGCUCCUCGGAUGCAGGAAGGAGCUGGUGAAUCACGCCCAGACCCUCCAGGUCGUAGGGGAGAGGCUGUGUCAACAGUGAGUCCCGUGGGGGACUGUCUGGUGUCACUUGGUCAAGGCAACUAAAGAUGGUUCUCUGCAAAAGGUUUUCUUGAUGGGAUGAGUGUCUGAAAAUCUUUUUCUUUUUGCUUUUCUCCCUGGCAAGACUUUCUAGCUUGAUAAAGGCAAGUUUUUAGGCUAAUUGUUUUCAGAAUCCUUUUGCAGAAUUAAAAAUCAAGAAUUCCAGUGAACCUUGUUUUUAUGUACGUUGGGCUGGUAAAUGUUUACCCACCAGCCGUCCCAAAGCCCUAAUUUGGGUAGCAUUUGCCAGUUUCCGUGGCGUAAAUACUUUCACCGUGGCCGAGGUGCAAACUCUCAGUAGAACACGUCUAACCAGAGAUGGGAAUAAAAGCACCGUUGGCACUUGUGAGCUGGUGCGGUCCUGCUCUGCGCACCGCUGUUUACAUCCGUAGUCGCCUGACUGGGAAGAUAAAAUCUUAGAAGAAUGAGUGAGCACACACUCUGUUAGCUGUACGAGCCGUGACACCAUCGUGUGUCAUUUAACCUUUGGGAAUCAGCAUCGUACACUUGGAGGAGUACAGGAGUGAAAAGGUGAACGACAUUUGAAAAUUAAGUGUCCAGUUUGGUGAAAUCUGACCGAUGUGUACAGCCCUGAAGCGCUCUAAUCAGGAUGGCGAGCAGCCCUCCUCUCGGCCCGCCCCCCAGCUUUCCGGUGCUCUCUAGAAUCCCUCUGUACUCUUCUCAGCCCCAGCCAUCACUGAUCAGCUUUGUCACUGUAGGUUAGUUUGAAUUUUCUGUAAUUACCUAAAAGUGGAAUCCUACCACGUGAAUACUUUUUUGUCUUCUUUCACUCAUCGUAAUUAUUUGGAGACUCAUCCCUGCGUGUAUCACUGAUUUCUUUGUUAAUUGCUAAAUGGUAGCCCACUAAGCGGAUAUACCAUAAUUUAAAUAAACAUUUGAGAUUUCAGUUUUUGGCUAUUAGAAAUAAAGCUGUUAAAAACAUUU